AUGGCGGGCGUCGGCGAGGGGGUGCCAGGCGGGCUCGCAGACGUCUCCAUGUCGCCUACCAUGCGUGACGCGCCGCGGAGGAGCCUUUCCCGAGGUAAUGGGACGAGGAGGAACCUGCCCGAGUUCUCCAUCCUCACGCCCGGGGUGCGCGGAGAGUUCUGUGUGACUCUGAUGUCCCAGAUUCUAAGAUGCUCUGGGGAUUCAGCUGUGAUCAGUCUAUUCCAGGCUUCUCCUGCUGGUGAGCCACCAUCUCUGGCUGUUAGCAAUAGUUUAGCAUUUUGUGGCAUUAAGAAAUGUGAUGUUAAUAUUAAACCAAGGUAUAUUAAGGAAACAAACAUCAAAAAUGACCCAAAUGAACUUAAUAAUCUUAUCAAGAGCAAUUCAAGAAAAGAAUGCCGAAUGCCACCCGGGGGGCUGGGGUCAGAAAGGCUCCAUGAGACCACCUGGGGAACUUGUCUCAAGGGCAUCAUCGAGCCUCCAGAGAGGACCAGAAUUUACACAGAUUCCUAGGACUUUGGACCAUAUCUGUAGGAGAUGAAUGCUGCUGUAAGAGAUGAAAUAUUUCCUCACUCAUCCUGGAUAAAAGAGUACUUCUCUUGGGCAGGAUUUAAGGAUUAUAACCCAGUGCUCAGGAUGACCGAAACAGAGGAGGAUUUCAGCCCUUUUCCUGGAGGUUAUGACUAUUUGGUUGACUUUCUACCUUUAUCCUUUCCAAAAGAAAGCUGGAGCUGGGAACCGCAUAUGAGGAAUCCAUAUCUGUUUCAGUUCCGGAGCCAGCUUGACAUCAUCAGACACGUGGUGAAGAACGGUCUACUCCAGGAUGACUUGUAUAUAGGAUUCCAAAUCUGGCUGCAGUGGGGUCCUGACAUACCGCAUCACAGGUUUUGCAACCAUUUUCAAAUCAAACUGCCUCUAACACCGCCCAGCUGGAGGUCCUUCCUGAUGCACUGUGGGUAGAGCAGACCUGAGCUUCCCAGAUUGCUGUGGCAAGGACCUCCAGUACUGUGCUGAAAAGAACUGGUGUUGGAACAGGCAGUGGCUGGACAAUGCCACGUUACCGGCUGGGGAGACGUCAGCUUUGCACCCUCUGAUUUUGAAGCUGUGAGAAGAGCCAGCUGAGGUGCUCUGUGUCCGACAGGAGAACCCAAGAGACCUACACGGUGGAAGAGAAAAUAGCACAAGCCUGACAGCUUUGUUUAUAGUUAAGAAGAUUCUGUCUCCUGUAAUAGUCACAUUCUAUAGCCAGUAUAACAAAGUUUCUAUUGUAAGCCCGUAUUACAAACUUUUUAUAGAGGACCAAACCAAAUUUUAUUUUAAAC